GCACGCCACUUCCGCCCGUGGAUAAACCCAAGGCAGAGCAGCCGAGACUCGGCAAAGAAAGAAGGAAGCGAAAGCGCGGAUAGAAGACGCAGAUAUGAGGUACAACAUGGUGGUGUUCAGCCUGGUCCUCAUGGUGGCGGCCGCCUUCUUCGCCUCCGCCACCACCACCGCCUCCUCCUCCCACCCGGAGCUCCGCUCUGCGCUGUCAACCAAAGGGCACGAAGAAGAUGGAGAAGGAGUAGGAGAGAGGAGCAGGCAGAGGAGGACAUGGCCGUGCUGCGACCGGUGCGGCGGGUGCACCAAAUCCACCCCGCCGCAGUGCCAGUGCCAGGACAUGGUGAGGUCGUGCCACCCAUCGUGCCGGCACUGCGUGCGCUCCCCGCUCAGCGUGUCCCCGCCCUUGUACCAGUGCAUGGACCGGAUCCCCAACUACUGCCGGCGCCGGUGCACGCCGGAGCCGCUCCUCGCCCAGUAGUAUUCGAGCCAAUUAGAGGGUCCGGAGGUUUUGCCUUGUUCUGCUUGAGAUUUCCGUGGUGGUGUUGUUCCCACCGUAUCGUCUCCAUUCACCCAUCAAUUGCGAUGUUAAUAGUGGACGGCAUUCUCACCCAUCGACACUCUGCUUUGUUCUUCAUCAGUUAAUUUAGUCCCGUUUAGCGCGCCCAAUAUUUGCAAGGAAACAGUGGAUGCGAUCCGCUUCCGGGAAAUUGUUGUAAGCUAAAGCAUCGUUGAUAUCGGUGGUUGUACACACUUAAAUUACAACAAAAUGACGAUGCUUUCGGCCAGCGAUGUCGAAUAAUACCCUUAAAUUUGGACG